UGCGCCUCAAAAGCGCGAUCCAUGGUGCAAAAGCCUCCUUUUCUCCGUUUUCCUACAGGAUGGCAUUCUUCAAAUGUCUUCGCUCUAUGAAGAAUGAGCUUAUCCUCUUCUCAGCUCCAUUUCUUCUUCUUCCACUGCCUUUAGUGAUCGGGACAUCGGAGGCAGAAUGCGCCUAUGUGAUAGUCCUGAUGGCGGUUUACUGGUGCACAGAGGUCCUACCACUGGCUGUAACAGCUCUGCUCCCAGCCCUCCUUUUCCCCCUGUUUGGCAUCAUGCAAUCCAAAGAUGUAAGUAAAAUAACUGCAGCAGUGUGUGGAAUUUUCCCCAGCAAGGACAAAUUUCUGCUCACACAUAUCUUACUCUGUGUGACCCGGCUGUCUCAGGUGUGUAUGCAGUACCUGAAGGACACAAACCUGUUGUUUGUGGGGGGACUGAUGGUUGCAGUAGCAGUGGAGCACUGGAAUCUGCACAAGCGCAUUGCCUUGAGGGUGCUGCUCUUUGUUGGUGUGCGUCCAGCGCUUUUGAUGUUGGGUUUCAUGGGUGUGACAGCCUUCUUGUCCAUGUGGAUCAGUAACACGGCUACCACAGCCAUGAUGGUGCCUAUUGUCCAAGCAGUGCUGGAGCAGCUCAACGACAGUGAGGCAGAGAUACCUCAGAUCCUCAGCUCAGAGGAGCAGGUCCAGACAUCAGAGACUGACAGCAAACAGCCUCCACAGACAGAAAAACAGAAUGAGGGACAAGGCCCAGUGGUGGUGACUUUCAUAGAUGCCGCUGUGGAGGCUGCCAUGCAUAAGGAGGCAGCAGAAAAGCGGAGAAUGUGUAAAGGGAUGACCCUGUGUGUUUGUUACGCUGCCAGCAUUGGAGGCACUGCCACAUUGACAGGAACUGGCCCCAAUCUGGUGCUCAAGGGCCAGAUGAACCAACUCUUUCCUCAAAACGGAGAUGUGAUUAACUUUGCCUCCUGGUUCGGCUUUGCCUUCCCCAACAUGAUCCUGAUGCUCACACUGGCCUGGCUUUGGCUGCAGUUUGUCUUCAUGGGAUUCAACUUUAAGAAGACAUGGGGCUGUGGGGCUGUGAAGACAGAGAAGGACAUUGCUGCCUAUAAUGUGAUCCGUGAGCAACAUCGUCUGCUUGGGCCUAUGUCCUUUGGAGAGAUAAGUGUCCUGGGUCUCUUCAUUCUGCUGGUGGUGAUGUGGUUCACAAGGGACCCAGGCUUUGUCGACGGCUGGGCGACAGAUAUCUUCAACUCCAAAGCAGAGUAUGUGACAGAUGCCACAGUGGCAAUCUUCAUUGCCAUCCUUCUCUUUGUUCUUCCCUCUAAACCCCCACUUUUCUGUUCGUGGAGGACUCAAAGAUUUGACACAGCACCCCAUCACACUGCUGGCCCAACUCCACCUCUGCUCACCUGGAAAGUUGCCCAAAAGAAGUUACCAUGGGGCAUCGUGCUUCUUCUUGGAGGAGGUUUUGCUCUGGCCAAGGGCAGUGAAGAAUCAGGACUCUCAAAAUGGAUAGGAGAUCAAAUGACUCCCCUGCAAAAUAUCCCUUCCUGGGCAAUUGCUAUCAUCUUAUGCCUGCUGAUUGCUACCUUCACAGAGUGCACCAGUAAUGUGGCCACUGCAACGCUCUUCCUACCUGUCUUAGCCUCAAUGUCUCAGUCCAUUGGAAUCAAUCCAUUGUACGUCAUGGUGCCUUGUACUCUGAGUGCCUCUUUUGCCUUCAUGCUGCCUGUUGCUACGCCUCCAAACGCUAUCGUCUUCUCUUAUGGGUACCUCAAGGUUGCUGACAUGGCCAGGACAGGAAUAGUCAUGAACAUCAUUGGCAUCCUUUGUAUUACACUGGCCAUCAACAGCUGGGGCAAGGCCAUGUUUGAUCUGGACUCCUUCCCCACCUGGGCCAACGUCACUGGGGUGUGAGCCUGGGUCUGCCAUAGGAGAUGAUCCACGCACACCCUGCCCUCCCUAUCCACAGGUGCCAGACAAAGACCCCGGGUCAGAGCGACAGCACAGCACCACACGGUGGACCGCAUGCUUCCGAUUGCUGCUAAAAAAUGAACCCCUCAAGGCUUGUUUUCAUUGACACCUAAGUCUUGCUUGUGAAAGAAAGUGGUGGUGAAUAUGACUGGGAAUGGAAGAAGAGAGUUCAAAUAUUAUUUUAUUUGUACUGUAUCACAUUGAAUUACACUUUAAAAAAAGAACCUUACACUCAUAAAACAGUAUCACAGAAAUCCUAUACUGUCAGUAUUUACGUAUAUCUUCAAAUAGAGACUUUAUAGUCCUCCUAAGCGGCCAGUUCUAGAAACACCAUUUGAGUCCACUCUUUUUUAUCAAAGGAAAUCAAAGGAAGGGCUAUUCAUAAGGUCAAAGUUAUUAGAAAUGGUUUAUAUAGUCACAUGUAGCCACAUCUUAAUAGCAAAAAAACAUACGGUAUAAUAUAAGAACGUAACUUAGCACAUUUCCUCAAGUACUGCACUUAAGUACAAUUUUCAGGUACUUGUACUUCGGGAUGUACAUUUUAUACCACUUCUGCUUUUACUUCACUACAUUUCUAAGGGAAAUAUUGUCCUUUUUCCUCUACUACAUUUAUUUGACAACUGUAUUUACUAGUAACUUUUUAUGGUAAGAUCAUAUGAAAUAUGACUACCCAACUGCAUACUCAGCUCCAUCUCAAACAGAUACAACAUUAAAUUUCUGUAAAUUUAGUAAGCCAAUAAUAUUUAAUAUAAUAUAACACUGACAAGGGCAAUUCAGCUGCCUAAUGAGUACUUUUAUUAUUGAUACAAGUAAAAUAUUGAAUGCAGGACUUGUGAUCGACUAUGUUCACACUGUGGUGUGCUACUUCUACUUAAGUAAAAAAAAAAGUACUUUUUCCACCACUGCUAUCAAGUAAUGAAUGUUUUGCAAGCACAUCUCUUUGAAUAUAUUGAAGGUAAAAAAGGCUGUUGGUUGGUUUGCCAUUUUAGUAUUUAUAGAUAAUGGGCUAAUAUGUACAGUAUAGACUUGACUACAAGUAAACAUGUACUUUUGCCCCCUUGCAUCCAAAUUGACCCCUGCGUUGACCUAUAUAUCAGGGUAUGGUUUGUUAUAGUUCCAGCAUCAGUUGAACUUUAAUAUGUAUUGUUACUACAAAGCAAGAAACUUAUAUUUGCCUUGUACAAACAUACUGAUUUAUUGUACUGAAAACACAUUUUCAAUAUUUUGAUCAAUAUUUUGUGCUGACAUUGUGAAAUGUCUCACUGCAAUAAUUAAUUCUGUCUGAAUUGCAAUAAAGUGGUAUUUAAGAACCAAUGUAUAUAUUUUUCUCUUCAAUUUCCAGACUUUUGUACCUGUGAAAUGAUUAAUAAAGUAUGUUCUCUGCCUAAAUUGCCAAUGGGCUGAAGUAAACACAAUUUCAUUGGCCUGUGACAAACUAUAAAAAUAAAAGACAUGAGUUUUAAUAUA